AUCUCGAGAAUUUAGAAAUGUGAAUCGAGCGACGUCGCUAAAAAAAAUUGCUAGUUACUUAUGGCCCCGUCACACCAUGACGUUCUGGUCAGCGUUUGAGGAAACGUCGCCCACGGUCGCCGGGAUAGCGCCACAAGAGCGUUGUUUGAACGCUAGCGAAGGUCAAUGAUCGCUGGGAAUCGGCGGAGAACGCCGGUCCGGGGGGGAAAAAAAAGUUUUGAACGUGCACAAAAGUUCUCACCGAGAACAGCGUUCAUCAACGUUUAAUUUUAAACGCUGCGGAACGUUAGUGGAACGUUUUACUAACGUUCGCCGAGCGUUGCACGCGUUUGGCUAUCGUUAGUCAGUCGUUACUGUAGCGUUACUUGGUUUUUACAUAAUCGUUUGCUUUGCAGUGAACGUCUCACUGGCGACCUGUCAACGACCACCGAACAAUCCCGUAGCGCACUGAGCGUGUAACUAAAGUCAAACGAACGUCCUUUGGCGUCCAUUGAGCGUCAUUCGAGCGCUAGUUGCUGAAGUCCGCACCCCCACCUUUUUUUUCGUCUAGGCGGCAUGAUGCUGACUGUUCAAACUCACGAGAACAACUGAAGCGACGAUGAACUUUUCAAGGUUUUCGUUCCCGUUUCACUGUAAAAAUGACACGCCAGCAAAACGCUAUUCUGUCGUUAUUCACCCGUUUAGUCACACGCUCGACACGCUCGUCUAACGUUGACAAAUCGCUCGUCGCGCGCCAGUGACACGUUAGCACACGCUAAUGGUUUUUAGGGGUAUCUUAUUUGGUCGCUGCUACACGCUUCUCCUGCGUUAGACGCACGUUAAUCACACACCAGACGUGUCAUCCUCAUUUGAGAACGCUGAAAAAUAGAACGAUUGAAAUGUUCAGAGAACAUUGACCAGAACAUCAUGGUGUGACGGAGCCUUUAGCGACAACUGAGUUAUAUAAGUUUUUAGCGAUUAUUACAAGGCCCAGGCCCGAUACCUGAUAGCUGGCUCACUAGCUUGUGGCUCGCGCCUCACGUCACAUCAUGGAAAGCCCAACAACAGCCAAGUGGGGUGUAUAGAGCUCGUGCGCCUACUUCAUAAAAUCACGUGACUUUUGUUUACGUCGCCAUAUUGCCGGUCUAGCAAAGCAUUUUUAAAUGCAAAGUCGGUUGGAGAGGACACGAAAAUACGACGCCCAGAGUCUUGUCCGAUACCGUUAGACAUUUAGAAGGUAAAAAUAAACAAAGGUACGUGGAAAAUUUAAAUAAAGCAUAGAGGACCCGUAUUUAAUGCCAAAGUCGAUGUUUUUGGCGAUAAGAAAUUGGAGUGCUAAUUCUCUUCUGCUUGUCUUGGAAACUGGAUCUACGCGCGGAUAUGGCCUGUCUGAUGAAAAACCUGCCAAUGGUACCUUCCCACGCCUAUCGACAGAAAAUAUUAAGCUCCUGGGACCGGUUGUUCUCUCGUUGAAAGAAGAAGAAGAAGACAAGUGAUUAGUAUUCGUCAUCAUCCCGAAAUAAGAAUGGUUGACUACAAGGUAACCGUCCACACCGGUAGGCGUCUCAAGGCCGCCACGUUGAACAACGUGCGCAUUAAGCUGGUGGGAACGGAUGGCGAGAGUGAGCGCACGGAGCUGAAGUCUUUGGUCAUCUUAAGAGGAUCAGUGUGUAAUUACACGGUAUCCUGUCCAAAAUCUCUCGGGGAGUUGGUCCUGAUAGAACUAGACAAAAAACAUGUCUUGCCUUUGCCCGACGACGCUUGGUUCCCUGACAAGGUGGAAAUCAAAUCCCCCGAGCGAGACGUUUACACCUUUCCCAUCUACUCCUGGAUCAGUGACCGGAAGGUUCACCGCUACAGAGAGGGCAAAGCUCUGAGGAUCUUUGAUGACACCAACCCUCUUGGUCAAUCUGCGAGGGAGCAGGAGCUGAUCCAGCGAAGCAAAGACUACGAAUGGGAUUUCUAUCAUCCAGGUUUGCCCUACACCAUAAAGUCAGAUGAUCCUUUCAGCUUGCCGGAUGAGGUCAAGUUCUCCUUCACCAAGGCUGCACAGUUUAUAUUUACAGGAGCUAUAGGUUUGGCUGAGCUCAAGCUAAAAGGGUUGGUUGACAACAAGGAAAACUGGGAAAAUCUUGACGACAUCAAUCGUGUUUUCCUUAACAAAGAUACUCCCUUAUCAGAUUACGUCCAGGAGCACUGGACGGAAGAUGGAUUAUUUGCGUCCCAGUUUCUAAAUGGAGUCAAUCCCACCUUGAUUCGACGUUGCAAAACUCUACCCCAAAAUUUCCCUGUGACUGAUGACAUGGUCUCCAUUCCGAAUGGAUCAAGCUUGUCGAAGGAGUUGGAGAAAGGCAACAUAUACCUGUGCGACUACAAGAACCUGGACGGCAUGCCGGCCAACACCAUUGAAGGGAUACAGCAGUACUUGAUGGCGCCCCUUGUCUUGCUUCAUAAAAGACCCGACGACAAGCUGAUGCCGAUUGCCAUUCAGCUGAAGCAGAAUCCGGCUGACGACAACCCCAUCUUUCUCCCAACUGACUCUGCAUAUGACUGGCUGAUAGCUAAGAUUUUUGUCAGAAGUGCCGAUUUUUCAGAGCACCAGCUCAAUGCGCACUUACUGCGCACUCACCUGCUGGCUGAGGUUUUUGCCGUCUCACUGCUGCGCAACCUGCCCAUGGUGCAUCCCCUGUACAAGCUCCUCAUACCCCACACUCGCUACACUCUGCAGAUCAAUGAAUUAGCUCGGAAAGACUUGAUAGGACCAACUGGAGUCUUCACCGAGUUUGCAGCUUCUGGUGGAGAGGCUUUGACGAUGAUCUUGGCGAGAUCGCUGUCCUCAAUCACCUUCAGGUCCCUUUGCAUCGCUGAUGACAUUGUCGAUCGCGACUUGCAGGAUGUCCCCAACUUCUACUACAGAGAUGAUGGACUCCAACUUUGGAACAUUAUGUUUAAAUAUGUGCAGGGAGUAAUACAGUACUACUACAAGAGCGAUGAUGAGAUCCAGCGAGACUCAGAACUGCAGACUUGGAUUAAGGACAUUUUUGAACGCGGAUUCCUUUCCCAGACACAAACAGGAAUCCCUCAGAGUUUCACCACUGUGCCUGACCUGGUCAAGUUUGUCACCAUGGUGAUGUUUACUUGUUCAUGCCAACAUGGAGCUGUAAACAACGGACAGUACGACUACGGUGGCUGGAUGCCCAACACCCCGGCAACCCUGCAGCGUCCUCCGCCAACAGAAAAGGGGACAACAAGCGAGGCCACUAUGCUGGAGACUUUGCCCCCUAUCAAUGUGACAGCUCAGGGAAUGGCCACAACCUGGCUGCUCAGCAAGGAGUCAUCAGACUUUGUCCCUCUCGGAGACUACCCGGAAGACCAUUACACUGAAGAGACUCCCCGCCAAUUGCAAAAGGAUUUUAAAGCCAAGGUUGACAUGUUAUCGAUCGCGAUCGGCAACAGAAACCAAGGUCUGGAAAUCCCGUACACUUAUCUCGAUCCAAAGAAGGUCGAGAACAGUGUGGCCAUCUAAACAAUCAAAAAGGAAGAAGCCGUGAAUCACAAAUGUUUGUUUUCAGUGUAUACAGUAUUGAUUGUUUGUGUUAUUAGACAUAUUUGUUUUAAAAAGGGGAACCUUCACAGUUUGACUUUCAAGUUUUACAAUUUUAUCCAAUUUCCCCGGCAAACUCAGAAAAACUGACUUGAUGAAUUCCUGGCCAUAAGUCCUUGCCAACAUAAAACCUGUAUUAACUGUACAGGCACCGUUUUGUGUAACGUUACAAGAGUGAUAAUGAGCACACAAGUAUAGAGAGAUGAUAAUGAAACAAAAUGAAAGCAUUUUCGUGUUUGGUGUUUAGUGAUUUGCUGUGGCGUCAUUUAAAGUUUGUUCGAGGCCUAUUCAUGCAGAAAUGUUUUCACUUCAAACUGCCUUUGACACGUGUCGCCUUUUUGCCAAUGUGGAUAAGAUGCUCAACACGAGAGUCAGGAAUAGACGGAUACCCAUUGUGACCGGCGGGGUGGAAAAGGUGAAAGUGUCUUAAUGAAAUAUAUUUUACUUACAUUCUGCUCUGCGCUAACGUGACGAUGGAACAGGCUAAGGGAGAGCCAAGUGUGCAAACCUCACUUAUACUAUUUACGCAUGAUGUGCAAAUAAAAGUU